UCCCCCUCUGCAGAAUAAACCGUUAGACGGAAGUGAAACUCAGCUGCUCCAUUUUGUUUCGAGAUGAAAAUAAAAUAUUCCAGGAGUAAAAGCUAAAGCUCUGAUAUAUAAACGCUCUAAAUGAAGACGUUUAGAGUUAAUAUAAGGAGUUUUGUUGGUUUGUACUGAAGUUUUUAAUGUACACAGGUUGUUUUAUGACUUGAUAUCGUGUGUAUAGUGUUUGAUUUAACACACCGAUGUUGGAGUGAAGUAAACGUGUGUCCUGCUGUAAUCUGGAGAAGGAGACAUGACCUCCAACAUGAGUGUGUCUGGAAAACAGGACUUAAAGAAAGACGAGAGAAUGAUGAAGAGAAAGAGAUCAGACUCACCAGAACCCAGCUGUGUGUCCAUGAAGAGUGACCAGUCAAUGGGACAUCCAAUUGACUUCAGAGACAGAGACAGUUCUACUGAUGUGAGACCACAAAAGAAGAAAUCAAACAUCAGCAGAAAUCAGCUGGACUCCAUAUUCAAGGAGCUGGAACACAAAGUCAUCACUCUGAUAAAGAAUGAGCUGAAGAGGUUUAGGAAGCUCCUGAGUCCAGAUUACCCAGCAUGCACUGAGAGGGAGGUGGAGGAUGAGGAGGAUCUGCACAGUGUCAGAGAGGGAGCUCUGAAGAUCACACUGCACUUCCUGAAGAACAUGAAGCACACAGAUCUCGCUAACACACUGCAGAACAAACUCGUGUAUCAGACAAAGCUGAAAUCCAACCUGAGAGAGAAGUUUAAAAGAAUUAAUGAAGGAAUCUCACAGCAUGGAAGAUCAGCACUUCUGAAUGAGAUCUACACAGAGCUCUACAUCACAGAGGGUUGGAGUGGAGACGUCAAUAAUGAACAUGAGGUGAGACAGAUUGAGACAGUGUCCAGGAGACCAGCAACACAGGAGACACCCAUCAACUGUAAUGACCUCUUUAAGGACAAGUCCAUCAGAACUGUGCUGACUAAAGGAGUUGCUGGAAUUGGAAAAACAGUCUCUGUGCAGAAGUUCAUUCUGGACUGGACUGAAGGAAAAUCAAAUCAGGACAUCACCUUCAUGUUUCCACUUCCCUUUAGAGAGCUGAAUCUGAUGAAGGAGAAAAAUGUCAGUCUGAUGAAUCUUCUUCAUCACUUUUUCCCAGAAAUAAGAGAACUAGAAUCAAUAGACUGUGACUCCUACAAAGUGGUGUUGAUCUUUGAUGGUCUGGAUGAGUGUCGACUUCCUCUAAAUUUCCAGAAGAAUGAGAGAUUGUGUGAUGUGACAGAGUCAGCCUCAGUGGAUGUUCUGCUGACGAACCUCAUCAAGAGGAAUCUGCUUCCCUCUGCUCUUCUCUGGAUAACCUCUCGACCAGGAGCAGCCAAUCAGAUCCCUCCUGAGUGUGUAGACCAGGUAACAGAGGUACGAGGGUUUAAUGAUCCUCAGAAAGAGGAGUACUUCAGGAAGAGGAUCAGUGAUCAGAGCCUGGCCAAUAAAAUCAUCAGACACGUGAAGUCUUCAAGAAGCCUCUACAUCAUGUGCCACAUCCCAGUCUUCUGCUGGAUCUCAGCCACUGUUCUAGAGAGAAUGUUGGGUGAAGCAGAGAGUGGAGAGAUCCCCAAGACUCUGACUCAAAUGUUUACACACUUCCUGAUCUUUCAGAUCAAACACAAGGAUGAAAAGUACCAUCAGAAACAUGACCCUGAUCCUCAGCAGACCAGAGAGAGUAUCCUGGCACUGGGAAAACUGGCUUUCCAACAGCUGGAGAAAGGAAACCUGAUCUUCUAUGAGGAAGACCUGAGAGAGUGUGGCAUUGAUGUCAGAGAAGUGUCAGUGUACUCAGGAGUGUGUACCCAGAUCUUCAGAGAGGAGUUUGGGCUUCACCUGGGGAAGGUGUUCAGCUUUGUACAUCUGAGUGUUCAGGAGUUUCUGGGUGCUUUAUACGUGUUUUUCUGCUUUAAAUUUAGAAAGACAAAUGUGCUUGUGGAGCAAAGCACUGGACAUUUUAAUUUCUUUAGAAAUCCAAACAUGUCUGAUCUCCUCAGGAGUGCAGUGGACAAGGCCUUACAGAGUGAGAAUGGACACCUGGACCUGUUCCUCCGCUUCCUUCUGGGUCUCUCACUGGAGUCCAAUCAGACUCUCUUACGAGACUUAAUGCCACAGACAGGAAGUAGUUCUCACAGCAAACAGGAAACAGUGGAGUACAUCAAGGAGAAGAUCAGGGAGAAUCCAUCUCCAGAGAAAUCCAUCAAUCUGUUCCACUGUCUGAAUGAACUGAAUGAUCAUUCUCUAGUGCAGGAAGUACAGACUUACCUGAACACAGGAGAUUACAGGUGUCUCAGUGGAUCCAGACUCUCUCCUGCUCAGUGGUCAGCUCUGGUGUUUGUGUUACUGACCUCAGAACAGGAGCUGGAUGAGUUUAAUUUGAGUAAAUAUGAUCCAUCAGAGGAAUGUCUUCUGAGACUGCUGCCAGUGGUCAAAGCCUCCAGAAAAGCUGUUCUGUGUGUGUGUAAUCUGACAGAGGAAAGCUGUAGAGCUCUGUCCUCAGUUCUCAGAUCAAACUCCUCCAGUCUGAGAGAACUGAACCUGAGUGGAAAUAAACUGCAGGAUUCAGGAGUGAAGCUGCUCUCUGCUGGACUGAAGAAUCCACACUGUACACUGGAGAUACUGAGGAUGAGGUACUGCAGUAUUACAGAUGAAGGUUGUGCUGCUCUGGCUUCAGCUCUGAGGUCAAACUCCUCAUCACACCUGAGAGAACUGGAUCUGGACGAUAAUAAUCCAGGAGAAUCAGGAGUGAAGCUGCUCUCUGAUCUACUGAAGGAUCCACACUGUAAACUGGAGACACUACACAUUAAUUAUGAUAAACUCACCAGGUCUGGUGUAUGACCGGAGUCUGACCUCAAACCUCUUGUCCAGGAUAAAGCAGUAGUGGUGAAGCGUUAGAACCCGUCCCACAUUUCCAGCAGUUUGGGAGCUGAAUCAUUCAUAUUCAGAUGUAGAAGUUCCAGAACAAUAACCGUGACUGACCACAUCCUUUUAUCCACUCAGCUACAAGUUACUUCAGGCUUUAAUCACAUAUUUUACAAUCCAAAGUCCAAUCCUUCAGCAUCUACACACAACACAGAGAUAUCAUCACACCAUCACACUGAUUACACAAACACACAUCCAGCUGUUGGAGAUGUUUAUAGUCAGUUUUUACCUCCUUAUUUUUAUCACAUUUGUUUCUCCACAGAUGAUUGAGUUACAGUUGUAAUAUUUAUCUUUAUUUUUCUUUAAAAAUUACUUAUUUUCAUAUCUCUGUUGUUUGUUUGCUAAUCUGUGUUUAACUGUAACCAUGGUAACAGGUCUGCUGAUUGAUUUGUUGUUGUAGUGACCCAGUUUUGUAUAUAUGUUGUAUACAUGUCAUUUCCACUGUGUGUAAUUACAGAAUAAACAGUGAGUGUGAGUGAAACACAACAAUU